AUGACACGCUCAGAAAUUGACUUCUUACUCUUCUCCACCGCUCUCAAGCUGCUCCUCUUUCCAUCCUAUCGCUCGACAGACUUCGAAGUACACCGUAAUUGGCUUGCAAUCACUCAUGCGCUUCCCGUUUCCAAAUGGUACUAUGAUACAACCUCGGAGUGGACGCUGGAUUAUCCGCCGUUCUUUGCCUACUUCGAGAAGGUCUUGUCUAUUCCAGCUGCAUACGUGGAUCCUGCUAUUGUAGACCUUCAAAAUCUUGGUUAUGGUUCAUGGACCAUGGUCGCUAUACCAACGGGAGCGGCUGAUCCUGCGCGCCAGCGUCUGAUUUCAGGUUCUCUCUUUUUCCACCCCGGAUUUCUGAUCGUAGAUCAUAUCCAUUUUCAAUAUAAUGGGUUCUUGUUUGCCAUCUUGUUGUGGUCUAUCCUGAUGGCCCGCGCGGGCAGAAACCUCUAUAGCGGAGUGCUGUUUGCUGUUCUUCUCAAUUUUAAGCACAUAUACAUGUAUCUCGCGCCUGCCUACUUCAUCUACUUGUUGCGAUCGUACUGUAUGUCAAAGUCAGGACAAAUCCUCGGCGGGAGAUUCGUCGCUCUCGCCAGUUCUGUUAUCUUGGUUUUCACAGCAUCCUUGGGACCAUUCAUAUGGAUGGGUCAACUACCCCAACUGUUCUCCCGACUCUUUCCCUUCACACGCGGAUUGAACCACGCAUACUGGGCGCCGAAUGUGUGGGCACUAGUGACAGCAGCAGGACCGCGUCCUGUUACGAUCUUGGGGAUCACCAUCAAUGAACAGGGAAUAGCUUCGGCGUCUCGAGGUCUUGUCGGUGAUACCGUGUUUACUGUUAUUCCUCACGUCAAACCUUUCCACACAUUUCUGAUAACUGCCUGUGUCCAAAUGGUGUACAUGAUCAAGUUAUGGAGAACACCAACGUAUGAGUCGUUCUUAAAUGCCCUCGCGCUAUGUGGAUUUACUUCGUUCUUGUUCGGGUGGCAUGUACACGAGAAAGCCAUCCUUCUUGUCCUCGUUCCGCUUAGUCUUCUCGCAGCAGAUAAUUAUGCGUACUUCAAAACAUGGAUGAUCGCCAGCACUGCAGGGAUAUAUUCAUUGCUCCCGCUCCUCUUCACCUCUGCAGAGGCGCCAAUCAAGAUAAUCUACUCCCUUGCUUGGGGUACGAUGACAAUUUGCCCUCUUUACAAACAAGUUUACGAGUUCCCUCCUUCGUGGCCUCUGGCACUCUUAGAUCAACUAGAAUAUGCCUAUGUCAUAGGCUUCAUGCCCCUCCAGGUUUUCUUCGUGGCUAUCCCAAUGAUAGCAGGGAAAAACCCUGACAUUCAGUUUCUGCCCCUUAUGGCCACAAGCGUCUACUGUGCUAUUGGAAUGGUGUGGGCAUUUACGAGACUGAGUAUUUUGUAUUUUAGUAAUGCCUUCGGGGCGAGUCCAAAGUAA